CAUCAGUGAGGUGGACGGGAGGGCGUGGGAGGCUAGACCUAACUCCAUUUUCCACCUCCAUUCAUUAACUACUGGAGUCUGUGAGGAGCUGAGGGGCGGCGGCACAUCGUCAACUCGGCGUUCACCUCCUCGGCAGAGAUGUUGAUGGCAGCCCCACCAGUGUCAGUGGUCAAUGGCACCCCCCACCGCCCCCUCACUAGCCGUGACACCUGCCCGGAACUCCAGGUAGUGCCACGUCCUCACACCCUGGCUCUAGAUGGCACUCCUGCAGAGAGGUCAAGCAAGGGGUGCGACCCGACAGUGCCAAGGGUGACCCCUGUUAACCUGAAGUGUGAGCUGCCCUUGCGAAAGGUGACCUUGACUGAGGUGAGAUGUGCUUCGUCCGAGUUAAGGGUGACCCCGACUGAGGUGAAGUGUGACCCGCCCAUGCUGAGGGUAACCCCAUCUGACCUGACUUACCGUGGAGAGGGAGCUGACCAUGUCGUCUUGAGAGUACUCAGAUCGGGUCAGGUCUUAAGACUUCGUAAGACUACGGUUGGGGGGAGUGUAACGAGUCGAAAGGAGCUGGUGGUCCGUGCGGCCCGAGACCUGACCUUCCUACACAACGUGGCCAGACGCAUCCUGGGACCCUUGUUGACCGAUGAAUCUUGUCUCGUGAUCCUAGAUCCAGACACCCUGGCUGAUCUUAAGCUCACAGUUGAGCCCAGGAGACAAGGUCACCGACAACACAAGGAGAUCAACACACACGGUGUUGCUUGUAUCUGUCCUGAUGCUGCCAGCAUCUUUAUCUCCCGACGUGACUCUGUGUGCCCAGCAUCGUCGUCGUCACCAGUGCUUGCAAACGUCCCGUCAUCGUUGUCCUCCUUAUCAACGUCAUCACUGCCUGCGUCGCCACUCCCGUCUGCUAUCGCCGACAUUUCUUCCUCUGCAUCGCCAACUAUAGAGUUUUCAGUAACCGCAUUACCUCUAGUAUCGUCGUUUUCGCCUCCUUCGCCAUUGCUCCUCCCCCCUCCUGUCUCCCCUUCGGAAUCUCUAAAAUCUAACGCCCCCUUGAAUCUCAGGCAAUCUCAAAGCUGGGUUAGUACAAAUACGUCUUCGAAGCCGGGGUCCCUUCCUUGGGAUGAUCUUAACCAUAGAAGCUCUCCUGCAGCCAAGCCAGAGAGUCCUAGUAGCACUGGUGGAAUCCAAGCCACUAGGAAAUCUGCUCUAGGAACGAGUCGUGUGCUAGAUGCAACGUCAGCAGCAUUUGAGAAAACGUUAGAAUCUCGGAACGUGUGUAUAGAGAUUAAACCCAAGCAAGGCUUUCUUGAUUCCUCCACCCCGGAUCUGCCUUUGUGUCGAUAUUGUGUCAAACAGUUCUUGAAGCGUGGAAAAGAUGAUCAAGCCCGUAGCUCCUACUGUCCCCUUGAUCUCUUCUCCGGUGAACUCUGGAAGAUGAGACGGGCGGUGGAAAAUCUAAUGCACUCCCCACAGAACAACUUCAAGGUCUUCCAGGAUGGAGAGCCAGUGGACGACUGUAGACCGUUCAGUUACUUGCGUGACGUUAUCAUUGCGGCUCUGGCAUUCGACUUCACAUCAGGGACAGCCCGAGUCCCUGAGGCUCCUGGCCUGAGCCCCAGGUCUCCCCUGGGCAGGAUCCUGGCCUUUCAGACCUUGGACCAGCUCGGAGUGUUCAAGGCUAGCAGGAUGUACCAGAGCCUGGCAAAAUACAUGGGUAGCUACCAGCAAGUUGAUUCCCUCCUGCAGGACUUGCGACACUGGGCUGAUGACCCGGAUCCUUCCCAUCUGCAUUGUGGCAGACGUAAACACGACUCCCACUUCGAAGAGUCCUGCCACACCUCCACUAGAAAGAGAAAGCACCACUUGAGCAACCACUCCAGAAAAACAGUUACUUCUGAAUCUCAGGGGAAAUCAGAUAAACCGAGAGCUGGAAGUGUUGCCACCCCGGAAGACUGUGACGGAAGCCUAGCCAACGCUGUCAGAAAAGUGAGCGUUGAAAAUAUGGAACUUAGGAGGGAUUCUGACGGUCCAGGAGAAUCUGUCAGCGAGGAUGAGGAUGAGGCGAUUGAAGAAAUGGUCAGGAAACUACAGAGAUAUCUUCUGUCCACUACAGCCAAGGACUUGUCCCUCAUGAUACUCUUAAGUGGACCUUAUACCAGCCCUCGACCUAGCACAGGCGCCAGCAUCUCGCCUUUUACCAUCGACCUGGAGGGUGGAGUGUGGUACAAGUGUCAGGUGACAGGGGUCGACCUCGUCGCCAAACCCUCGAGCAAGAUCCUUAAGCACGAGCGAGACUACCAGAGGCUGAGGAAGGUGUUGCUUGAACUGAGAAGCCGAGGACAGGAACCAGGAUGCUGUAAGCUAUGAGGAAGGACGCUCCCUCCACCGGCCUUCACAGAGUUGCCUGUAGCAAUACACAGCACCAGCCAGCACAUACACACAGAUACACACAGCAUUCCCUGCAGAUACACAUAUCGCCAUCAAAUACCCACGCCAUCACAGUGAAGCCUGGUCACAGACCGGGCCACGGGGACGUUGACCCCCGAAACCCUCUCCAGGUAUACUCCAGGUAUCAGGUACAGUUACACACAGAACCUCCCACAGACAGCCACGACACCACCCAAACACACACACACAACACCUCCUGGAGUUUACCUGGAGAGAGUUCUGGGGGUCAACUCCCCCACGGUCCGGUCUGUGACCAGGCCUCAUGGUGGAUCAGAGCCUGAUCAACUAGGCUGUUACUACUGGCUGCAAGCAAUCCAACGUACAAGCCACAGCCCGGCUGGCCAGGUACCGACUUUAGAUGCUUGUCCAGUGCCUGCUUGAAGACAGCCAGGGGUCUAUUGGUAAUCCCCCUUAUGUAUCCCACAUACACACACACACACACAUACACACAACACCUCCCACACACACACAACACCUCCCACACACACACAACACCUCCCAAAUACACACACACACAACACCUCCCACAUACACACACACACACAACUCCCACACACACCCACAAUACCAUACACCCACACACACACACACCGCUACUCACAACACGUCUUACAUUGCCUGUAGCAAGUAAUUCCAGAACACUUGCCAGUUACCUGUGGUGCUGUUAAUGGCGCUGACUCAAGAUGCAACAAAAGAAAAAACUCUAUUAGCAAACUUUUAUAGCGGACGCGAAAUAUUAGAUAAAAUACAGCUUGAGCAGCUCACACUUACGGAAUUUUCCUUACGACUCGAGUUUUAAUAUGUCUUAGGAAGCAGCUAUGACUUGCGAUUGUUACUGAGUAACAGCUGGUGAUUGUUACUGAGUGUGACAGCUGGUGAUUGUUACUGAGUGUGACAGCUGGUGAUUGUUACUGAGUGUGGCAGCUGGUGAUUGUUAUUGAGUGUGACAGCUGCUUAAUACGGCUGAGGAGAUGGUAAGUACAAUCUCUACAAGACAAGAUUAUUGACUCCUGUCUCAGUGUUGCCUCCGCUUUGUGUUUCAGGUAUGUGUCUACUGUAUACAUGCUGUCUACAGUGUUAGACCACUGUCUACUGAAAAACACUACAAAAACACUACCAAAACAACAACAAAAACAGUACAAAAGCACUGUAAACACAGUGCCACACACCUGUGGUGUGAAGUCUGUAUAUGUAACCUUGCACAUUCCUAUCCCGUAUACCACAUCUGUAGUGUCAGCUCCUCACACACCCUUGUACAAUCCACUCCCCCCUUCCUGUUUAACAUACGCACCUGUUCCUAGCUAACACACCCUUGUACAUUCCACCACCCUGUUUAAUCCAUGUUCCUAGCUAACACACCCUUGUACAUUCCACCACUCUGUUUAACACUUGUUCCUAGCUAACACACCCUUGUACAUUCCACCACCCUGUGUAACCCAUGUUCCUAGCUAACAUACCCUUGUACAUUCCACCACCCUGUUUAAUCCAUGUUCCUAGCUAACACACCCUUGUACAUUCCACCACCCUGUGUAACCCAUGUUCCUAGCUAACACACCCUUGUACAUUCCACCACCCUGUGUAACCCAUGUUCCUAGCUAACACACCCUUGUACAUUCCACCACCCUGUUUAAUCCAUGUUCCUAGCUAAAACACCCUUGUACAUUCCACCACCCUGUGUAACCCAUGUUCCUAGCUAACACACCCUUGUACAUUCCACCACCCUGUUUAAUCCAUGUUCCUAGCUAACACACCCUUGUACAUUCCACCACCCUGUGUAACCCAUGUUCCUAGCUAACAUACCCUUGUACAUUCCACCACCCUGUUUAAUCCAUGUUCCUAGCUAACACACCCUUGUACAUUCCACCACCCUGUGUAACCCAUGUUCCUAGCUAACAUACCCUUGUACAUUCCACCACCCUGUUUAAUCCAUGUUCCUAGCUAACACACCCUUGUACAUUCCACCACCCUGUGUAACCCAUGUUCCUAGCUAACAUACCCUUGUACAUUCCACCACCCUGUGUAACCCAUGUUCCUAGCUAACACACCCUUGUACAUUCCACCACCCUGUUUAAUCCAUGUUCCUAGCUAACACACCCUUGUACAUUCCACCACUCUGUUUAACACUUGUUCCUAGCUAACACACCCUUGUACAUUCCACCACCCUGUGUAACCCAUGUUCCUAGCUAACAUACCCUUGUACAUCCCACCACUCUGUUUAACACUUGUUCCUAGCUAACACACCCUUGUACAUUCCACCACCCUGUGUAACCCAUGUUCCUAGCUAACACCGGUCUUCCAACCUGAGGCAGAUAGACCUUCCUAGGAAAUAUUCUGGCUCUCAGAAUGCUCGUUUUUUUUCAAAUAUUUUUUAUGACACAGCUCUAGUAUCCUUCAUAGACGGACACCGAGGAUUCUAAAUGAUUUUGAUUUAGAGUUAAUGUAUUAAACUAGUCACGCGAGGCUGGGAACAUACAAGUGCCAUACAGGACACGAGUCCAGAUUAUCGUGGCUGGAACCAUUCACAAAUAAUCCCACAGUUUCCAGACGAAACUUUGGACGACGUUUCUCCCACUCUGAACCAUUAUCACUUAAUCGUAGGAGGAUCGAAACGUCGUCAGAAGUUUUCUUCCAGGAAUGUGGGUUGUAAAGUGCCAUAGGGUUUAAAUACCCGGUAUAUGUAGAUUUUCUUUUAACCAGAGUGACCAAAUAAGCGAAUUUGGUUACAGAUGUUAUUCAUUUCCUUCACUUAUUCUUAAGAAUUGGUAGACAUAUUGACAUGAAUUAACAUGAUGGGCCUAACCUGGCCUAAAAAAUCGUACAAUGCGGCCAAAUGUGGUAUGGGUUGGAAAUGGUCUGGCUAUACCAACACACUGUGGGGAAAACGGAACUUGCAUGCAGUUCAGGGCAGAAGGCCUAUUGGCCCAUACCAGGCAGGUCAUUCUCAAACCCAAACCCACUAAAAAAAAUAUUUUCUUCACCGAUUAUUAAAUAUGUCGUAGUGUUUACUUACAUAUUUAUCCAACUGCAGACGCCAUCAGUGGCGUCUCCAAAUAUAGUAUUUUUUAAAGAGUAUUGAAAUCCACAAAUUUCCUGAUUCUCGGAUUUUUUCCCGUGGAUUUUUGUUGUCUUAAAUAAGAGAAAUAAGUUAAAUAAGAAGCCUUCUUUGGGGAUACUGUUUUGUUCUGUAUAAAAUUUAUGAAGCUCUCUCUACAUAGGGCGAAACGUGGCAAUCUGUGAAUUUUGUUGAUAUUGUUGCUUGUUACAAGCCAAUAUAUUUUAUAUAUAAUUUGUCUUUUUUUAUGUAUUUUGGUUUUAUUAAUAAAAGACUUGAGGAAUA